GUAUCACGAACAACCGAGGUUUUCUUUGCCCCACCGACGAUGCUUUCGCUGCCUGGAAGAAUGACCAAAGAUUUGAGCUUCUUUGGCCGCUUUCUGCCUUUGCACACUGGUUUGACGUCUCAAGACAUUCAAUCAAUUUACACAUAGAGAGACGCGACGCGUUAUGAACUCGCAAUUUCAAGAUGCCCUUUCCGUUCAGACUUAUAUGCGACUUGCUACAGAAACUUGACGAUGAGAUCCACUCAAAAAAGAAACAAAAGACUUCAAGCAAAAGCAUUAUCGAGGAAUGGUUUCGAGAAUACCGCGAACUAUUAGACGCUCCGGAAACAGACGCAGCUGCGAUUCUGUCUACACUAAUUCCUGAAAAGAGAACAGACCGCGUCUAUGGUAUCCAGGCCAACAGACUUGAAAGUAUCGUUGGCCGGGCUCUUUGCUUAGGCACAGCCCGCUUGAAGCAACUCCGCGAGUGGGAAAUACACGGCCUUAACAAGGACCUGGCAGAUUGUGUUGAAGAACAAUUGACAAAAGCACCUAAUCCCAGACAGAGAGAAGAGAUUACUGUAGAGCAUAUUGACGAGACUCUUCAUCAUAUUGCAGCUUCGUGUCGUUUCAGCUCCGCAGCAGUUCAGUCGUCCCGUGCUGCAGGGACACAGAAGGCAACUAGCAGCGAGCUGGACCAUUUUUAUGCCCGUCUUUCAGCGCGUGAUGCGAAAUGGUUCACAAGGUUGAUCCUUAAGAACUUUGCCUCGGCAGUAGUGGACGAAUACGUUGUGUGUAAGGCAUAUAACCCACGUUUGCCUCAGGCAUUAGCCGUACGAGAUGACUUCGCUGCAGCCAUUACCCUUCUGAAAGAUGGAAACCAAGCAUCAGGACUCGAAGAGUUGAUCAAAGUUGGUGUCAAAGUUGGCAGACAACCUUGGCUCAAAGCAAGGAGCAUCAACCAUUGCGCAGAGAUGAUUGGCAGGCGUCAGAUUAGCUGCGAGCAAAAGAUCGACGGGGAAUACUGUCAGAUACAUAUUGAUUUGGGUAAACCAAAACUAUGCGAGGUUCAGAUUUUCUCCAAAAGUGGAAAAGAUAGCACAAAGGAUCGCGAAAAUCUCCAUCGUGCAAUCCGAGAGUCACUGAGACUUGGACAAAACGGUUGCCUUAUCACGAAGGGUUGUAUCUUAGAAGGCGAAUUGGUGGUGUACAGUGACAAACAUAAAAAAAUCAUGCCAUUCCACAAAAUUCGUAAACAUGUUUCACGGUCCGGGGCUUUUAUUGGAACCCAUAGAGACUCGCAACGCCACUUUUAUGAACAUCUUAUGAUUAUUUACUACGACGUACUUAUGAUUGACGACGUGUCACUGCUGGGAAUGAUACAUUCCGAGCGCAUCAAACGGCUGAGUGGUCUUGUAACCACACGUAAAGGACACGCCGAAUUGGUACAACGGCAAACCAUCGAUUUCCACAAAAGAGAUGCUUGCAAACGCCUUAGGGAAGCCUUUGCGAAGUGCGUUAUCGCACGCGGGGAGGGUCUAGUGCUAAAACCAGAUGAUCCGUACUUCGACUUCAACCGCUUGUCCAAACGUUACGUCUCGUGUGCUAUCAAGCUCAAGAAAGAGUAUCUUCAAAAUUUCGGUGAUGUGGGAGAUUUCGCUGUCAUCGGCGCUUCUUACGACGCAGCAACAGCAAAAAGAUCCAAGGUCGAAAACAUCAAAUACACACACUUCUUUGUGGCCUGUCUGGAAAAUCUAAAAGAAGUACAAGCAAGGACAGAACAGCCCAAGUACAUCGUGACGAACGUGGUCACCCUAAAUGAUACACAAUUGAAGUAUUUUAGGAUGUACUGCAAUCCAGCUGCGGUACCACUGAGCGAGAAUACGUAUGCAGAACUGAGAUUUCAGGGUCUUGGAAGUUUGGAAAGACCAACAUAUGUUUUUCCUGAUCCGCCCGUAUUUGACGUUUACUGCUUCUCGUUUGAAAAAUCGCAGAACUCGAGGAUGUGGACGAUGAGAUUUCCACAAGUCAGCAAGAUCCACUUCGACCGAUCCCUUUUAGAUGUGUUGUCGUUCGAGAAACUACAGGAAGCGGCACGAGCGGCUACCGAGGUACCGGAAAUGGAGGAUAGCCAGGAGAUGUGCCUUUGGCUCACUAAGAUUGAGAAAGCUGAUCCCAAAAGCAAACCCUUGGACUAUGAUAGUCAAGCUACGGUCUCAACUAUUUCUGCAGCUUCAACUGUCUCUGCAGUACCUAGUUUUUCAGCAGUAUCCACAGCUGCCCCCAAGUCAUCGACAGGCAAUGACAUGCAUCAAUACGCCAAGACACAGGCUAUCUUCAAAGAUACACCCGCACCCUUAAAUCCACAACGUGGCCUGGUUACGCCGCCGAGGUCUUCGGCCAAUACAGCUGGCCUUACUGAAAAUGAUUCUGCCACAACAGUUCACAACACCCGAUCUAAUGGUAGAAAGCGUGUAAGUCCAGUGGCAGGAGAAAUGUCUCCUUCUAAAAAAUCGAAGACGUCUUCGCAAGGCACGAAAACAGCCAGAAAGAACCGACAACCUUUGGACAACAGAAGCGCGAAUGACUCACAGAGAAAGACCAGAUCUAGUACCAGUGCAUCACCACCGCCAGGUAUCAGCGAGCUGGACACAAGGCCCCCAGUAGAAGUCAAUUUCACCUCGUCAGUGAAUGGAUUUUUACACACCGCAAAUAGGCCACCUUCGUCGCCAUCCGGUCGAACUCCGCGCAAAAAGAAUAGCGAUAAAGAGCCAGUUUCGACAGACUUGACUGGGGAUGAAAUGUCUCCAGCAUUGGUCAGCUGUGGCCAUAUCAAAAAGAGUUCUAAGUGUGCUUUCGAGAACUGUAUUAUCCUUCUAGCUCCCUGCAUUAGCAACUACGCCUGGAUACAAGAUCUCCUUAAAGGACAUGGAAUCCUCGGAUUCGCAACAGACCCUGGUGCCUGGGCACCACAGGCCUUACCAGCGUCACCGUCGGCUGCUGGUACUCCAAGAUUUGGUAGUCCUGCAGUCGGAUCCUCUGACAAUGUCACGGUGUCCCGACUCAGAAAGGUCUGCUUAGUCGAGAUGAGACGCCCAGGUGCAACGAAUGAAUUUAUGAGAAGCAUUGAGGCAGCGGGCCUCACACGCAGAAAUGGGCAAAGAGAUUGGGUUUCAGUUUACGACUGGCGCAUACUCGAGGACAUAACGAAGAUAGAAUCAGGAGCUCCAGACAAGGGGCCAGAUCCGUGGCGGUCUCGUUAUGUUGGUCUUGCAUAAAUUAAACAACGCAUUACAUUAAAGAAGUUCCGAAGGCGGCAUAAGGAUACCCUUUUUACAUAAUUUGUCUCAGCACGCGUUCUCAGGGGCGUGUUAGG